AAUACAGUAAACAAGAUGAAACACAUUUCAAUAAUUUUUGUUUUCUAACGGCGAUCGACGAGAGCUAUAGAACUAUAGAAAAUACUAAUAGAACCAAGUUUAUUCUAAAUCUAUGAAUAAAACUCUCCACCGAGCGAUAUCGUGGUAUCGGCGAAUGAAAAACGCUCUUAGAAUUUUAAUUACCCAGUGAAUCUGUUGAAUUUAAUCUUCCAAAUCCAAUAUAAUAAUUUAGUGAAGUAAUAUACUACCACAUACUACCUACUCUUUAACGAGAGAUAGUGAAUCUACAGUUUGUGGUCUCUAAAAUGCCUAAACUAAAAGAUACGCGGAAAAUGUAUUCGUCACCUCAAAAUGCAGGCUAUACGAAAAAGGCCGAUGUGGUUUCCGCCUCCACAAGAAAAUUCAUAAGUAAGUGCAAUCAGGAGAAUAAACCUGCAAAGUCUACGAAUACGUCCCCAGUUGAUGAUUCUUCAGAAAACAAUACUCGAUCAUUAUUAGAGAAAGAAAAUAAUACAACACCUAAACCAAAUAUUAUAAGGGAACAUUUGAUGCCAUCACUUGCUGAUUUAGAAAAAAUGUUUGAAGAUUCUGAAAACAGCCAGCAGCUGCCAUUGACAACAUCAGUAACUUCAGAGAAAGGUGAAAAAUCUCAUCUAAUUCAAAAAAGCAAUGCAAAUGACAUGCUAUCAUCAAUGGACGAAACUAUAAACGAAAAUAAUAUAAUGUUAAAUGAAAGCUCAACUCACAUUAUUUCAAAUAUUAUUGAUUGUCAAAAACCUGCUGAAAUGAACACAAUAGACUUAACCAAUGAUGAAAAUGAACAUGUCAACAGCACUGGGACUAGUAGGAGACACCAUAGAAUGAGCCGUGAUAGUUGUGAUAGUGCAGAUAUUACUAAAACUGUAAUUAAUGAAUAUCACAGUUUACCUUUGCCUAGCACUUUCAGAGAUAAUAAUACCAUUAAAAAACGUUUUGGUGACUGUUUACGUAGGUAUGGUUUUGACUCUCCAAAUUUUCCUGCAAAUUCUGAGGAAAGUGAUCAAUUGGUUUCGAAAGCAAUCAAUGAAGUUUUGUGUGAUGCAAUUAGAGAUGGAACAUUUGACAAAUAUAGCCUAUGUUUCAAAAUGAAAAUAUUGCUUGAUAUUGCAGAACAUGACAAAGUAAAUGAACCUUACAACUGUCAUAGUAAAAGAGAAGCAAAUUCAGGACAGCUGUUAAACAGGACAUCAUGUGGAAGCUCACAAUUAAGUCUUGGUAAUUGCCCAAUCUGCAUGCAUAAUCUAGCUAACCGUUUUGCUGUAUCAACUUUUUGUGGUCAUAUAUUUUGCAUGGAAUGCAUUGAAACAGCAAUUAAUGCUAAUGGGCAUAAAUGCCCAACUUGUACAAAGGAUUUAAUUGAUCCUGAGUAUCAUUUCAUUUUUCUAUAAACAAAAAAUAAUAUUACCGUUGAUCUUAGUUUUAUAGUUUGGUACUUUUUUCAAAUUAAUAUUCAAAGGCUCUGAAGGUGAUGUUUUUUAUUAUUUAUUAAGAAAAAAUGUAUGUACCUAUAUAAGUUGAUGUGAAAAUUAUAUCUAAUCAAAUAUUAUUGUAACCAGUAUUAAUAUUUCAGAACCUACUCAUUUUCCAUUUAGAUGGCAAAUAAGUUAAGGUUUUUUUUCAACUAUUUUGUGUCUACACAUAUAAAAGGGAUCACUAAUAUCCCAUUUGAUAAUUCUAAUUUUAAUAAAUUCAUAAAAUUUGUGGUUU